AUGUCACAAGAACAGGCAUCUAAUGCUUCUACUACAGAGGCUAAUGAGAUUGAAGCUAAGUAUGAACAAGAACAACCAAUCUCAGAAGAACCACAACCUCAAGAAAAAAAGGCAUUAGCUAAUAAGCCUUUAUCGGCAUAUGUCGGUAUCAUUAUCAUGUGUGUCCUUAUUGCCUUUGGUGGUUUUGUUUUCGGUUUCGAUACUGGUACAAUCUCAGGUUUCAUCAAUAUGUCUGACUUUCAAGAAAGAUUCGGUCAAUUAAACGACCAAGGUGAAUAUUACUUUUCCAACGUUAGAACCGGUUUGAUUGUUGGUUUGUUCAACGCUGGUUGUGCUGUUGGUGCUUUGUUUAUGUCCAAGAUUGGUGACUUGUACGGACGUAGGGUUGGUAUCAUGACAGCAAUGAUUUUGUACAUUGUUGGUUUGAUUGUGCAAAUUUCGUCCUCAACCAAAUGGUACCAACUUACAGUUGGUAGAAUUCUUACAGGUGUUGCCGUUGGCUGUUUGUCGGUCUUGUGUCCAUUGUUUAUCUCCGAAGUUUCACCAAAACACUUGAGAGGUACCUUGGUUUGUUGUUUCCAAUUGAUGAUUACCUUGGGUAUCUUUUUGGGAUACUGUACCACUUAUGGUACCAAGACAUACACCGACUCCAGACAAUGGAGAAUCCCAUUGGGUUUGUGUUUUGCUUGGGCCUUGUUGUUAGUUGGUGGUAUGAUCCCAAUGCCUGAAUCACCACGUUACUUGGUUGGUAAGGACAAGAUUGAGGAUGCUAAGCAAGCAUUGGCUAGAGUUAACAAAGUUUCUCCUGAAGACCCUGAAUUGUACAAUGAAUUGCAAUUGAUUCAAGCUGGUGUUGAAAGAGAAAGAUUGGCUGGUAAGGCUGGUUGGAUGACCUUGAUUACUGGUAAACCAAGAAUCUUUGAGAGAGUUCUUAUUGGUGCCCUCUUGCAAGCAUUGCAACAAUUAACCGGUGACAACUACUUCUUUUACUACAGUACCACUAUUUUCAAAGCUGUUGGUUUGAAUGAUUCUUUUGAGACUUCGAUUGUUAUUGGUGUUAUCAACUUUGCUUCAACAUUCUUGGGUAUUUACGCUAUUGAGAAGUUGGGUAGAAGACACUGUCUUUUGAUUGGUUCGGUUGCCAUGUCUGUUUGUUUCCUUAUCUACUCCUUGAUUGGUUCACAACAUUUGUACUACCAUGGAAGCAGUGGUGCUACCAGACACCCAGAUGGUGAUGCAAUGAUUUUCAUUACUUCCCUCUACAUUUUCUUCUUUGCUUCAACCUGGGCUGGUGGUGUUUACUCUGUUAUCUCCGAAAUUUAUCCAUUGAAGGUUAGAUCCAAGGCCAUGGGUGUCGCCAAUGCUGCUAACUGGAUCUUUGGUUUCUUGAUUUCAUUCUUUACUUCAUUCAUUACCAGUGCUAUCCACUUUUACUAUGGUUUUGUCUUCUUUGGCUGUCUUUUGUUCUCCAUCUUCUUUGUCUACUUUGGAGUUUACGAAACCAAGGGUCUUUCUUUGGAAGAGGUUGACGAGAUGUACGCAAGCGGUGUCGUGGCAUGGAAAUCUAGUAAAUGGGUCCCACCAAGUGAAGAAUCCAUGGCUACUUCAACAGGUUAUGCAGCAUAUGCAAAACCACAAGAAGAGCACGUUUGA